GCAAACCCGCUGCUAGCGCUGGUUAGCAAGUUUGUUGACUUUCGCAUUUUCCUCAUUGUUCCUUUAUAAAAAAAUCACCAAAAAUAAAAAAAUGGAUAACAGCGGGAAGGAAAAGGAAGCGACGGCUUUAAUGGCAGAAGCUGAGAAGAAAGUAAAAUCAUCGCAGUCGUUUUUCGGUGCGAUGUUUGGGGGUUCCUCCAAGUUGGAAGAGGCGUGUGACAUGUUGGUGAGGGCUGCCAACAUGUACAAGAUGGCCAAAAACUGGUGUGCUGCAGGAAAUGCAUUCUCCCAGGCUGCUCGCCUCCACCUGCAGAUGCAGAGCAAACACGACGCAGCGACUAACUUCAUAGAUGCUGGAAAUGCCUUCAAGAAAGCAGAUCCACAAGAGGCCAUAAACUGCCUAAAUCGAGCUAUUGAGAUCUACACAGACAUGGGACGCUUCACCAUCGCAGCCAAACAUCAUAUCACCAUUGCUGAAAUAUAUGAGACAGAGCUGGUGGACAUUGAUAAGGCGAUUGCUCAUUACGAACAGGCAGCAGACUACUACAAAGGUGAAGAAUCAACCAGUUCAGCAAACAAAUGCCUUCUGAAGGUUGCGACCUAUGCGGCUCAGCUGGAGCAGUACCCAAAAGCUAUAGAGAUCUAUGAACAGGUGGGAACCCAUGCGAUGGACAGCACGCUGCUGAAAUACAGUGCCAAGGAUCACUUCUUCAAAGCAGCACUUUGUCACUUCUGUGUGGACAUGCUGAACGCAAAACUCGCUGUGCAGAAGUACGAAGAAAUGUUCCCGGCCUUUUCAGAUUCACGAGAAUGCAAGCUGUUGAAGAAACUUCUAGAUGCCUAUGAAGAACAGAAUGUGGACGCCUAUACUGAUUCGGUGAAGGAAUUUGACACCAUCUCACGAUUGGACCAGUGGCUCACCACCAUGCUUCUCCGCAUCAAGAAAAGCAUACAGGACGACGAGAGUGACCUCCGCUGAUUUUCCCCUCGCUGCUCCCUUUGACGACCGACUUGCAUCCCUUUCUCUUCUCCAUUUUUUUGCCUUGAGCCUCUCACUUCCAUUCAAACCUUAAAUGUUUUGAAUCGUUAGAUUCCUUCACAAAUACUGUUUCUUUCCUACCAUCUGCAGUAUUUCCUCUCUUGCCUUUUUAAAUCUGCUCUUUUGACAACUUUAGUGCUCCAAAAAAACAUGAACACUAUUUUGUGCACACUGCACAACAGUAUGUUAGAUGUAUAUUGUUACGAUACAGGCAUUGGCCCAAUAUUGGUUAAAAUAUUCAUAACUGGGCCUCAAUACCAAAUACUCAUACCUGCACAGCACAGGGCAAUGAUACUUUUAAUUUUUCUUGUUAUAAAAUGGGAGAGAGAACGCUAAUUUACUAACACUUUGAUCUACAAAAUAUAUUUUACAAAUUGUGCUUUAGAGUAAACUUAAUAGACCAAAAUGCCAUAAUUGGCUAAAGCGCUCAUUUGUUUGGUUUUUUGGUACUUUUUGAGGGCUCGGUAUACUGUUGGUCACAUCAGGGCACCUCUAUUAAACAGCACUUCAUCUCAGCUGAAGAGCUCCUCUACACAAGCACAGAGACCAAGAGUUUUAUCCCCCUGCCUUAUCUGCUGCAAAGUUCUCAGGACGUGAACAGCUUGAUUUGAUUAAAGUAAUAAGAACAAAUCAUGUUUUUUAGAAGCGUUCUCAACAAAUUUGCUUAUGUUUUUUUUUUUUUUUUCUUGUCACUUUCAUUUAAAGUGCUUUUAUUCCACAAAAUAAGGAUGUGAAAUAAACAUCAGCUUUGUGAACAUUUGCAUGGUUCUGGUAUGGAUGAGAAAACUACAGCAGCCUCUGUAUAGGAGUUAUUUCAAGUGUUUUUCUUUCUUUUUUUUUUGUGAUUGUAUUAUAUGUUUCUUUUUCUGUCAUAACUAACCAGGCUGGAGAGAAUAAAGUUGCAUUUUCUUUAAAAAGGCCUGCAUAAAGAUGCAAUACAUUAAAGGAAAAAAGGAGCUUCACUGAUCUGAACACUGUGCUCACCCACCUGAUGAUUUUUGUCAAAAGACAAAUGGUCUUAAAUAAUUUGUACAUCCGUGAUGUUUCCUGUCAAAUGUUUGAAUAAACCUGUCUUACAGCA